AUGGAGAAGACCGUGGUGCUCAUUACAGGCUGCUCCUCGGGGAUCGGCCUGGGGCUGGCUGUGCGCCUGGCCUCGGACGCCUCCCGCAGGUUUAAAGUCUAUGCCACCAUGCGCAAUCUGGCCAAGAAGGAGCGGCUGCUGGAGUGCGUGCGGGGCUGCCACGCCAGCACCCUGGAGAUCCUGCAGCUGGAUGUCACUGACCCGCUCUCGCUCGCCGCAGCCGCGCGGCAGGUGCAGGAGCAGCGCGUCGACGUGCUGGUGUGCAAUGCUGGGGUGGGGCUGAUGGGCCCCCUGGAGACCUGCUCCUUCCAGGCCAUGAAGACCAUCUUCGACGUGAACGUGUUUGGGACCAUUGGCACCAUCCAGGCUUUUCUGCCCGGCAUGAAGCGUCGCAAGGCCGGCAAGAUCAUCAUUUCCAGCAGCGUGGGGGCGCUGCAAGGGAUCCCCUUCAAUGCCGUGUACUGCGCCAGCAAGUUUGCAGUGGAAGGUCUGUGUGAGAGCCUGGCUGUCAUCCUCCAGCAGUUCAACGUGCACGUCACGCUGAUCGAGUGCGGCCCGGUCAACACGAGCUUCCUGGCCAACCUGCAGCGGACGGACGCCGAGGGCAGUGCACUGCAAGGCCUGGACCCGCAGACCCGCGCCCUGUACAGCCAGUACCUCCAGCAUUGCCAGAGCCUCUUCCGCGACGUGGCCCAGGACACCGAGGAGGUCCUGCAGGUGUUCCUGGAAGCCAUCUGCGCCCCCUGCCCCCCUCUGCGCUCUUUCACCACCCAGUUCUUCAUGCCGCUCACCCGGCUCAAGCUGACGAGCCCCGACGGCUCGGAGUACGUCCGCGCCAUGCACAAGUUCGUGUUCUCUGCGGGCAAGGCCCAGGGCGACCAGGCGUGA